UUCCUUCUUCAUCCUUGCAGGUGUUUUGACCAGCCCCACUAUGGAAAGCUGCAACAGCAAUGCUUCCGCUAAAGUCUUCUUCUUGGUGGGGUUUCCAGCCCUCCAGGAUUUCCAGACCUUCUUCGUUGUGUUCUUGCUAUUCUACCUGCUGAUCCUGGUUGGUAAUGCCAUCAUCAUCACCGUGGUUGUGGUCGACCAUAUGCUCCACAAACCCAUGUUCUUCUUCCUGAUCAACCUCUCUGUGUUAGACAUGCUGUUUACAACCACCACCAUCCCCAAAAUGCUGGCCAUGUUCCUGGUCGACGCUAAAACCAUCUCAUUGGGGCUGUUCCUGCAGAUGUACAGUUUUCACAGGUUGAUGGUAACCGAGGCGCUUCUGCUGGUGGUCAUGGCUUGUGAUCACUACGAAGCCAUCUGCAACCCCCUCCGUUACCCGGCCAAGAUGACAAGAAGACUGAACAUCCAGGUGGCAGUGAGUGCCUGGAUCAUUGCGCUGCUCAUACCCGUGCCCAUCAUCAUGCAGACCUCUCAGCUAACCUACAGGGACACCACCACAGUUCACCACUGCUUUUGUGACCACCUGGCAGUGUGCUUGGACUUCAGUGCCGAUUUCCAGACCUUCUUGGGGUUCUCCAUCGCUAUGACAGUGUCGGUCCUCCCUCUGUUGCUCGUCACCCUUUCAUACGUCCGCAUCAUCCUCUCCAUGCUAAAGAUCAACUCCAAAGAGGGUCGCACCAAAGCUUUUUCAACAUGUACCUCCCAUCUGCUUGUGGUGGGCACUUACUACUCCUCUAUCGCUGUGGCAUACGUGUCCUACAGAGCAGACAUCCCCACUGAUGUCCAUGCCAUGAACAACGUUGUCUUCUCAAUUUUAACUCCCUUGCUAAACCCCAUCAUUUACACUUUACGCAACAAGGAAGUAAAAUCUGCAGUUAAAAAGUCUAUUUCUCUGAAAAUCUUCCCCCUUCCUAAAAAAUUCAAUUUAUUUGGGUAA